AUGUUGAUUGCAACCAUACGAUCUAUUGCAGGACCGGCCGACGCUCGUCCCCAAUCCGUUCCAAUUGUGCCAGCCCCAACACUCAACUUCCCUGCUGAUCUCUCCGUCACCGGAGUGGCAGAAUCCGAGAAACAAUCGGCCGCGGCUGUUGCUAAGAGCUCAGGUAGCCUUGGUGCGGCAGAAGAGAGGUCUGAGGAGAAGCAAUCAGAAAAGGUAGGGGAGAGCCUGUACAGAAUGUGUGUCAAAGUUCAUUCCCGAGGCGAGCCAGAGCCUCGAUCACCGGCGGCCACUGGUGACUGGACGCCUUCCCCGACGUCGAAAUCGACGAUGUGGACGGUCUCGGCGUCUGCCGGAAUCGACUCGACCAUGGCCGAAUUGGCGGCGAAGUGA